UGAAUGAUGGUGCAUGCGCGAUUGAAGUCGGAUUCACAAAAGAUGCAAUCGAAAUGUGAAAAAUCACAAUUGCAGCAACAAAAUCGGUUGAAAAAAUCUGAAAAAUUUCAAAAUCUUCAUGUAUGAAUGUUCCGAGAAGAAUAUGAAUCCUCCAAAAAUCCCGAAAUGAAGGUUCCCAAAAUCGACGUUCCUACCUCCAAUCUGUCCCUUCUGUAAAAUGUACGUAUGAAAGUAGUAUAAAAAUGCAAUGACAGUCAAUCAUCUGAUGUAAGUAAAUUUACUCACUCUCACUCUUAACUGUAAGUACAACAAGGAGUGCAACUUUCAUGUUCAUGCUUCACUUUCCAUUCGUGAUUUCUUUCUCCAAAAACUUUUGCGCAGUCGUUGUCAUUCAAGGAAGUGCCUCUCUCGUGGCAUCCUUACCUCUAGA